AUGAUAUUCCUCUCCCUCGCCACCGCUCUCUCCUCCCUUAUCGCCACCGUCUCCGCCUCCAUACCAUCUACAUAUACCCUCGUCGCUGACGGAGGCUGGACUGUCGUUACUGAUGGAACACACUUAUACAUCGGAACCGGCGACAUCGAACACUACCCUAUUCUCAUCCUGAAAGGCGGCGCCAACAACACCAUGAUAACCGGGCACAAGCAAUACGACACCUCCACGCCCAUACAACACCUCUACGUCAAGGAGGACGAGACAGCGCCGAUUGCCCUGACGAAGCCUGGUGGCGCUGCUCCCGCCGGGGCAAGUGUGACUGGGUUCGGGGUGGACGAGGACAAUUAUCUGCUUCUUGAUGGGGAAGAGGCGUGGGGUGUUGAGCCGAGUGAGGGGCAGAUAAGGAAGAUUUAUUGGCUUAGUGGGGAUGAUGGCGAUGCGGGGGAGGGGGAGUAUGAAGGGAUCGGGUUGUGGGUUAAGGAGUGUCGGGGAUGUUAA